AUGAGUUUACAGGAAUUCUUCCAAGAUGAAACAUUUGGAGGAUCUUGGGCAGAUACGGAUAUAGAUAUGGCCUCAAUUUCAGUACCAAUUGAAAAAUCUUAUGGAUAUGAUGAUAUUCCAAGAGGAAUUGGGAGUUCUAUUGGUCCACCAUAUAUAGUAAAAUUAUUAAAUUUACCAAUAACAGCAAAUGAUGCAUUUAUACAAGAUUUAUUUCAAAGUAGAUUUACAAAUUUUAUAAAAUUUAAAAUUGUAACUGAUCCUUCAUCAAAUAUUUUGGAAACUCAUGUUAUUAAAAAAGUUGCAUUUGUUGAAUUAGAAUCUUCUCAAGAUGUUUCAAAAGUUUCAAAAUGGCAUGAUUUAUAUUAUAAGGGAAAUAGAAGAGUUAUUGUUGAAAUUGCAGAUUUUAAUGAUUUUCAAAAUUGUAUACAAUUUAAUCAAGAUCAUUUUGAUGAAAUUCAACAAAUUCAAAAUGAUUUUAUUCAACAAAAGCAACAUCAAAAACAACCUAGGCAUAUGGCAUUAUUGGAUGAAUUAGAACAAAAUCAAGGAAUAAGUCAUGGAGGAUCUCAAUCUCAUAAUCAUUAUCAACCAAGAGGUGGACCUCCCUCAACAUAUGGACAUCAAUUUAAUGGUCCAAGAUCACCAGAAAAAUUACAUUCAACUUUUCAUCAAAGAACUAAAUCUUUUGAUACUUCAUUUCCUCCUCACAAACCAUUUCAUGGAUUAGCUUCAGCUUCAUCUAUAACAAAACCACAUGAAGAUGAAUCAUCAUUACAACAACAACCCCCUAAACCAAAAUCAAAUCCCUUUGGAGCUGCAAAACCUGUUGAUACAUUAUCCAAACAACAAGAAAUUGAAAAAAGACUUUUAAAUUUAAAUCGAACAACUGUUCAAACAUUAGGAGAUGAUACAAAUAUUGAUAUUGAAAAUACUAUAAAAAAAUUUCAUGAAAGUGCAUCACCACAAAAUAGAUAUGAAAAUUUACAUGGACCAAGAAGACCAUCUACUGAGAAAAAACCAUCUAUUGCAAUUUUGAAAAGAGUUACACCUGAACAAUCACAACCACCAGCACAACCACAGCAACAACAACAACAACUGCAACAACCUACUGAAUCAAAACCUCAUUCAAAUUAUACAAUAGCACCUCAACCUCAAAAUCAAUAUGCAACAAAUGGUACAGGUAAAUCAUUAGCACAAUUACUUAGUGAACGUACAAAUCAUAUUACAAAUCCACCAGUUGGAGGUAAGAAUACACCACCAACUCCAACAACAAAACCACCAAUUAUUUUAAAAAAGAAAACUAUUACUUCACCACCAAAUAAAAAUGUAGAUUUAACUAUUAAAGAAGGAGAUUUUAUUAAACAAGAAGAAGAAAAACAAAAGAUACAACAAAAGGAAUCACAACAAAAUCAACAACACAAUCAACAGCAAAAUCAACAAAAACAACAACCUUCAAAUCAAUCUCAAAUACAACUGCCACAAGAACAAUAUCAAAAUUUAAAAUCAAAAUCAGGUUCAAAGUUAAAAGAAGAAACUUCGGUUGAUGGAGAGAAAACCCAAAAUACUACUGAUCAAUCAAGACCAGAUUUCAAAAAAUUAUUUGAACAUCUUUCAGUAAAUAAUGAUCAUCCUGAAACAUCAUCAACAGCAACGACAACUACGACUACACCUACGACAACUAGAGGAGGACGAGGUAGAGGUAGAGGUGCAUACAGAUCCAGAGGUAGGGGAAGAGGUAGAGGGGGUCAUUUUUCGUAUCAACGGAGAGAAUCAGAACCAGAGAAGGAAAAAGAAAGUAAAAAUGAGCAGGAAAUUGAAAAUGAAAAUGUAGUCGAAAAGGAAAAAGAAAAAGAAACAACAAAGGAAAAAGAACAAAUUUUACCUCAAGAAAUUCCAGCUCAAGAGCCACCUAUUUCACAACAAGAAACUCCAUCAAUUGAUGAAAAUGAUAUACCAAGAAAAUUCAGAAAACAACAUAUACAAUCACCAAAUCAUCGACCUCAAAUCCAUCUGGCAACUACAACAUCAAUAAAUUUACCAUUAAAAGACGACCAAAUUAAUACCACUCAAUUCAAUUCUAAUUCAUCAUCAAUUUAUGAAGAAAUUAAAUUAAGACCUGUUUCUGCUGAUGCUUCAUUUCCAUCAUCAUCAAAUUAUAGAAGAAAUUUUGAACCAAUUUCAUCAGAAUUUGAUAACCAAUUAAAACCAAAUAUUAAUUUAGAAAAUGAAAUUUUAGGUAAUGGAACAAAAUCAUCAGAUAUACAAACUUCAAAAGUACCAGCCGAAGAACAAACAAAGAAAGAAACUUCGGAUUUAACGAAUAAAUCUUUAACUACAGCAACAUCAGUAGAAACAACCUCAACAGAGACACCAAAAGAAACGACAGCAAAAACAACCUCAAAAGAAAUAAAAACAGAAACGAAUACAACUUCCUCAAGAGGUCGUGGUAGAGGAAGGGGAAGAGGAAGAGGAGGAAGAGGCAGCGGUGGAUAUAGAGGUAGAGGAGGAACAAGAGGUAAUCGUGGUGGUGGUAAUUCUUCAUCAUCAAUUGAAGGAGGAGGAUUUAAUUCUCGUCAUUAUCAGUAUAUACGUGCAAAACCAACUGUAGAAUAA